GAUAGCUGGGUCGAGUCGCGACGCGGCCCUUACUUGCAACUAAGUAUCUGAGAUGGGCUGGAUUGGAUUCGGGGCUUUACUUGUCUCCGCUUCGUACAUACUGUACAAACACCCUCCAUAUUCCUGGGAUUUUGGACCAUGGCGCUGUUCAGAGCAUCGCAACGCUCCCCUGACGCCCGCACUACCAGCAGCCAGACAGAUACCCGAGACCGAUAUCGAGCCCGAGCCCAAGCCGCAAAACGAGCCAUGUCUGUCUCUUUCGCAACUAGAGAUGAACUCUACAGAGCGGAGUUUAUCUUCAGAUGACGGUGGACCUAACGACGCUACCCCUAAGGUGUCUGCAAUUUCGACCCCGCCCAUGUUGGACAUACCUAUAUUGGAUCUGGAUGAAACUUCCACAGGGCCUAAAACCCCAGAUAUUUUGGCCCAAGUGGCGUCCUAUCCGAUUCCAACGGCAUCAGGAUCUCCACGCGCACCAGAGAUACGCCCGCCGCCAUUCAUAAACCCCUCUAUAUCCAUGCCACCUCCUCCACCGCCUCAGAACCUUUCCGCUCUAGUGAAGCCUGCCGGCCUCAUGCCUCCUCCACCCCGACCAUCUUCCCGCGUCCCACUCCGCCCCCCACCCUCCGCCGCAUCAUCUCUUCGAGCCCCUCCUUCAUGCACUCCGGCGGGCAGCAAGCUAUCCAGCAGCACACUUUCACCUCUAGGCCUUCCAGGCAAACCGCAAAGAUCUUCGCGGCAAGUCAUGCUUGAGCCGGGACAUUCCCCCUUAGAUUGGGCGGCCCUAACUGCGGAUCCGCGAAACAACCUUCGCGGCAAGCACCUUCCUCCGGGUCUGAUCCGGGUGACACCGUCAAUGUUAAAAUUGCACAAUGGACGGAAGGGGUAUGACGCGUGGACGUCUUACCAAGGAAAGGUAUAUAAUAUCACUCCAUAUCUGCCGUUCCAUCCUGGCGGAAAAGGGGAGCUUUUGAGGGGUGCAGGAAAGGACUCGGCCAAGCUCUUUCUGGAAGUACACCCAUGGGUUAAUUGGGAUGGGAUGCUGGGAGAAUGCAUGGUGGGCAUUUUGGUUAGUGAGCAUGAGCCUGAAGAACGCACAGGAUCAUUAGAUGAAAUGGACUGAUAUGGCCUGAAUUUUCCUGCGCCCGGCCCUGCUGUGGUUUGUUACAUAG